UAUGAACACAGCUGGAGGAGUUCCAGAAGAGACAUCAGCUUAUUCCAUCCACCAUGAUCCUGGAGAGAACUAUCUGGAUCUACAUCACCUUCUGUUUUGCAGCUGUUAGACCCUUGGCAGGGAAUAGCUGGGAGCAGGCAGCUGCUAGCCCCAUCAUCCAGCAUGAGCCAUUUGUCGUGGUGUGGAACUUACCCACAGCCAGAUGUCAAGAGCAUUUUGGGAUCAGAUUACCUCUGGAAGUCUAUGGCAUUGUGGAGAACAAAGGCAAUGAGUUUCGUGGACAGAACAUGACUAUUUUUUACAAAAACAAGUUUGGACUGUAUCCCUACAUAUCCUCACAGGGUGAAUGGCAUAAUGGGGGGAUCCCUCAGAAUGUUAACCUGAAAAGACACCUAGAGAGGGCCACAGAGGAAAUCACAGAACUCUUGAACAAUGACUUCCAAGGUCUGGCAGUAGUAGAUUGGGAGGAGUGGCGGCCUCUCUGGAGACGAAACUGGGGGCCCAAGAAGUUGUAUAGGGAGGCCUCUAAACAAUGGGUGAGGGAAAGAUUUCAUGGACUCUCCCCUGAGGAACAAUCUUACUUGGCUGAGAUAGAGUUUGAACAGGCUGCUCGGGUGCUAAUGGAGACAACACUAGCUCUGGGAAAGAAGCUGAGACCACAUGGUUUCUGGGGCUUCUACAGGUUUCCCGACUGCUUCAAUGACAACUGGGGGAAAGAGAAGAACUACACUGGCCAUUGUAAUCCCAAGGAAGUCUUGUGGAAUGAUCAGCUCAUGUGGUUGUGGAAGGUCUCCUCAGCCCUCUAUCCCAGUAUCUACCUUCCACUGAAACUACCGUCUUCACACCGCCAACAUUAUAUACAUCACCGUCUCAGAGAGGCAUUCCGUGUAGCACAGUUUGGCACAGAGCAGCCCCUUCCUGUGAUACCAUAUUCCAGGGUUUCCUACAGGCGUUCUUCAAGGUAUCUAGCCGAGGCUGACCUGAUAAAUACAAUUGGAGAAAGUGCAGCGCUUGGCACUGCUGGGGUUGUGCUCUGGGGUGACCUCUCCUAUUCCCGGUCACUUGAGAGCUGCAAGAACCUUCACCAUUAUAUCACCACCACACUGGGACCUUACGUUGCUAAUGUGACUACAGCAGCACACAGAUGUAGUCACCAGCUGUGUCAUGGGAAUGGACGUUGUGUGAGACGCCGCCUGAGUGAAUUAGGAACCUUCCUCCACUUGGACCAACAGUUAUGGGAAGGGGACCUUGGGACAACAGAUUUUCAAGACCAAAGAAUGUCAGUGCGGGAGCACUUCCACUGUCAUUGCUAUCCAGAGUGGGCUGGCACCCAGUGUGAGAGACCACAGUGGACAGAGCCCUUUGACAAACCAAAACAUAACCGAGCUUCACAGUAUAACAAUGUAUAUGAUGCAAAGUGUGAUAGUGACAUCUCGGGAUCAAAUAUUUGUCCUCCCUCCAUUUAUGGUAAAGAAACAGAAAGAUAAUGAUCCCUACAAAACCAGCACUUUAUUCCAUGGGAACCUUGUUAGGUUUUGUUUAGAGAGUAAAUGUUUCCUGAUGAUUUGAAGAAAGUGACCGAUUUCCUGAAUUAUAUUCAGAUAAUUAUAUACCCUUCCCCCACCCCACAUUUUCUCUCCACAGCCCCUACUUACACCUAACCUUAGCACCAUGUUCUGGCAAUAGCUGUAUCCCUGUGACAUUGUCUUCAUCUUACCCCAGCCCCUGAGGAAGACAGGCUUAAGUCCUUUACUGCACUCGUAGUAAGUAGUAUUUUAACCAAGGCCAGCCUUAAGUUCAGGUAUGUAAAAUAUGAGGCUUUGUCACCUAUUCCCUUGGAGGGGGAUUGGAAGUGGUGGGGAAUAGAGACAGUAGAGGCAGGAUAAGAAUCAGCAAGAAAGACAUCUGAGUUCAUGCUAGUACAGCUUUGUGUCAGCUUAAAGGGGAUGGAGACAUGGCUCUGUGGCGGGGGAAAACCCAUAUGAUUUUAUAUAUGCACAAAAGUUAAAUAAUAUAUUAAUAGAUUAAGGCUUCCUUGAAGAUGAUCUGAACUGUUUCCAGGAAAUCAUAUAGUUAAUCCAAAAUGUUCCCUUCCUAGUUAAAAAUAUCAGAUAGCAGCUGAUGGGAAGAUCUCUGCUAUAGACCCUCAAAUAUCUAUGAGAUUUAAGGCACCCAUUUUGUCCCUUAACUCUGUCCAAGCUCCCCAAGAAUAAAUAAAAGAGAGAAGAGAUUGAAAAUGUUGCCCACUCCCCAUUCUGGGGGUAGGUGAUGCUUCCUUGGACACACCAUUUGCACCUUCUUCUACAGCCAUAGGUAUGGAA